CGCGGCGGGCUCCCCGGGCCGGCGCAGCCGGGGGCGCCCGGGAGGAGGGGGCGCGGCGGGCGCGGUCCCCGCCCCUGCGCGCGCUCGGGCCCCUCCGGCGGGGCGCGCGGCUGCAGCCCGGCUGGGCGCUCCCGGCUCCCCGCAGCCCGCAGCCGCGUCCCGCACGCCGCCCCCCGCGCCCGGCCGGGCAUGUAGCAGCGGCAGCGGCGGCAGGCGCCGCGGCGGAAUAUGGGCGGGCACCACUCCCACAAGCCCCCCGUGUUUGACGAGAAUGAGGAAGUCAACUUUGACCAUUUUCAGAUUCUGCGGGCCAUUGGCAAGGGGAGUUUUGGAAAGGUAUGCAUCGUGCAGAAGCGAGACACUAAGAAAAUGUACGCGAUGAAAUACAUGAACAAGCAGAAGUGCAUCGAGAGGGAUGAAGUCCGGAACGUCUUCCGGGAACUCCAGAUCAUGCAGGGGCUGGAGCAUCCUUUCUUAGUCAAUCUGUGGUACUCCUUCCAGGACGAGGAGGACAUGUUCAUGGUGGUGGACCUGCUCCUGGGAGGGGACCUGCGCUACCACCUGCAGCAGAACGUGCGCUUCACGGAGGCGACGGUGAAGCUCUACAUCUGUGAGCUGGCCCUGGCCCUGGAGUAUCUGCAGAGGUACCACAUCCUCCACAGAGACAUCAAGCCAGACAACAUAUUGCUGGAUGAACACGGACAUGUUCACGUCACAGACUUCAACAUAGCAACGAUCGUGAAAGGCACAGAAAAGGCUUCCUCCAUGGCCGGGACCAAGCCCUACAUGGCCCCAGAAGUGUUCCAGGUGUAUAUGGACGGAGGCCCCGGGUACUCGUACCCCGUUGACUGGUGGUCCCUGGGCGUCACGGCCUACGAGCUGCUGCGGGGCUGGAGGCCCUAUGAAAUCCACUCGGCCACGCCCGUCGAUGAUAUCCUAAACAUGUUCAAGGUGGAGCGUGUCCACUACUCCUCCACGUGGUGCAAGGGGAUGGUCGCCCUGCUGAAGAAGCUCCUGACCAAGGACCCCGAGAGCCGCCUGUCCAGCCUUGGUGACGUUCAGAGUGCACCCUACUUGGCUGAUGUGAACUGGGACGCCGUGUUCGAGAAGGCACUGACGCCCGGCUUUGUGCCCAAUAAAGGGAGAUUGAACUGUGAUCCCACAUUUGAACUUGAAGAAAUGAUUCUCGAGUCCAAGCCACUUCACAAAAAGAAGAAGAGGUUGGCAAAGAACAGGUCCAGGGAUGGCACUAAGGACAGCUGUCCUCUGAAUGGACACCUUCAGCAGUGCUUGGAGACCGUGCGGAAGGAAUUCAUCAUAUUCAACAGGGAGAAGCUGAGGAGGCAGCAGGGGCAGAGCGGCCAGCUCUUGGACCCGGAGGGCCGAGCUGUGAGCCAGGCCCAGGGCAAGCUCCAGGACGGGUGCAACAACAACAUUCUCGCCCACGCCUGCUCCCGGGGCUGCAGCAGCUAAGCCGCCACGUGCGGCUGCCCGGCGGGACUGCACACAUCUCUGCCCUGCCCACCAGCAGCCCGUCUCCAUGCCACAAUGGUCCCUAUCUCACCCCUGACAACAUCAGAUGCAGAGAGAGCCCUGGGCUCCUAGUAGGGAAGCCAGAGUUCUGAUCUCAGCUGCCCGACUGAUUCCCUGCGCGACCUUGGACAAGUCUUGCCCUUCCUGUGCCUCAGUUUUCUGCAUCUGCCAAAGGGGUUCAGCAGCUCUCCACCCCACCUCUAAUUACAAGGUUAUUGGGAGAAUCCAUUUGGGAAGCAGACAUCCAAAACCUUUGAAAUUUAUAAAAUUGUUUAUACACGCAAAAUAUACCCUGAUAUUUGAAGUGUACUCCUACCUCCCAAAGCAAUUAGAGCAUCACAACUUUGCAAUUCGGUCCAUCCUGGCUCAUUAGACAGUACUUUUGAAGUGCAGCCCAACGGCACAAGAAACAUGUGAUGUGUCUGCCCUUCCCAUGGAAACACCAUUCUCGGAUCCUGGAGCAAAACUUAAAGUGUCUUCAUUUGCAUUCUCUGCCUGGCCAGUCCUGACCUGAGGUGGCGCGGCCUGCAGCCCAGCCUGGUCCCCCGGGUCUUGGUGCUGCAGAGGCACUUCUCCCUCCUUCACUGAUGACUGUCCCCUCUCUUUUAAUUUCAGCAGGCCCCGCCCCCACCCCACCCCUGGGGCUGGGAUGGCGAGUAGAUGCCCAGUCAGAAGGUCAAGUCACUGAGCAUCGGCCACUCCUGUAGAAUGUCAUCAGAGUCCCUCCCAAAACCCAGGCCCGCAGCAGAACUCUCAGUCUCCAUCCCCUUCCAGGAUUUCUUUCCUGGAAGGGUAUAAAGUGGUCUCAUCACCAUUGUCUCAAAGAGGGUCCCCAACUGCCAUUGACGGGGCAGCCCCAUCUUGAUAAAUCAGGAAGCAUGCAUGUUUAGAAAGUUUAUUCUAAGAGGACACUGUAAACAAAACAAAAAACAAAUGACGUGAUGAUCUAUUCAGGGAGCACUUUGCCUUUGAAUUGGGAGAUGCUGUGGCAUCGAGGAUGAAGCUUAGACUUGGAGGGGGACCUGUGUUCAGAUCUAGCCCUGCUCUUUACUAAGCGGGGACCUUAGCAAAUUGCAUAAUCACCUGUCAGUUUCCUCGUUUUAUAGUGAAGACAAUAAAACUAACCUUGCAGGGUUGUUAUAGGGUUAAUAACAUCCUGUGUGGAAUGCACCCAGCACAUACCACUCACUGAAUGGUAGCCAUCUUUUCUCAGCAGCGUCAUCAUCAUUUGGAGAAAGUUUCCCAAUUAACUCAUUUGGCAGGUCAGUUUUCUGUAGAAACAAGCCUGGUGUUUAGGAUUCUUUGACCUUUUCUUCCUGGAGUCUUCGAUAUCCGUAUAUCCCUGUUAAAGUUCAAUUGUGUGUUUAUUUUUUUAUCCAACUUCCAAUUUUCACUUUUUACAUCAUAAAUCAAUCCUUGGGGCUGUCAAUGUCAUCUCUUAGAUUUCUUAAGAGACAUUUUAAUGUACGGUGUGUUUUUAUAUUUUUAUUUAAAAAACAAAAAGAAAUCGUUAUUGUUUUCCUCCUUUGAACCGAGGCUAUGUCUAGACUGUGUUGUCCACAGAAGUCUCCUUGUCUUGCACACGUUUCAUUCUUCAUUCCCCGUCGGCACCGUCCUGUCCUCUCCAGGAAACAGCGGGGCUGCUUCUCUCUCCACUGUGACCCUGGCAGCACUUGGAAUUUCUUGCUGGGCUGAGUUCACGAAUGAGGGGUAGGAGCAGGAAGUAGCCCGAGAGAUGCUGGAUUUCCUGGCUCCAUUCAAGUAGGCGGUGUUCCUUGUUCAGAAUAAACUAUUUCUUGGA